GGAGGACUUUAUAUCAUCAGGAGGAGGAGAGGAGGACUUUAUAUCAUCAGGAGGAGGAGAGGAUUUACUUUUCUGUGUGGACUGGUUCUGUAAAGACCGACAUCAUCAUCGUCGUCAGCAUCGUCUUUGAGUGACAGUUAACCACAUGACUCCGCCUCCUCCCCCUCGCUGCAGCUCUUCCUCGUCUGAGCUCUGCAGGAGGAAGUCAGGCAGUUUUUCCUCUCAGAGCUUCACAGUGACACACAGACAGGUGAGCGCUGCAGCUGUCACUGCUUCCUGCACGCAGACGGACGAUGUUUCAAACAUCUUCUGAAACUUAAACAACAGUUUGUUUUGGGUUCGACUCUCUCAGAAACAUGAGUGACAACAGGACCGACAACUCGACCGGGUGCGUUCAGGUCCACACCACAGCUCAGGUCUUCUUCAUGGCCUACUACAGCCUGGUGUUCCUGGUGGGUUUGUUCCUCAACGGUUUCACCCUGAAGGUUUACUUCUGCCGAGCUCAGCAGCAGCUGACCAGCAGCGUCACCGUCUACCUGAGGAACAUGGCGGCCGCCGACUUCUUCAUCAGCCUCUGUCUCCCCAUCCGGAUCGCCCACUACGCCAACAGCUCCAUCGCUGUCAGCCAGAUCUACUGCAGCUUCGGAGCCUCCGCCUUCUACCUGAACAUGUACGCCAGCAUCCUGUUCAUGGGCUACAUCGCAGCCAACAGGUAUCUGAAGAUCGUCCAUCCUUUAGGAAAUCACAUCCUGCAGACGGCGCGAGCCGCCCACAUCGUCUCCAUAGUAACCUGGGUCGUCCUGUUGGCCAUGACGGGCACCUACAUCAGCCUGUCGCUCAGCACCCAGGCGGACCAGCUCCCCGUCGGCAGCGUGGUGAGCUGUGAUGUCCUGCACAGUAAAGAGCUCAGCCUCUUCUACAAGAUCAUCCACACCUUCUCCGCCGCCAUCUUCCUGCUCGUCCUCGUCUCCCUCGUCUUCUUCUACUACAGCACCUCCCGCAGGCUGUCGCUGGCUCAGCAGAAGCAGCCCAUGUCCUUGGGCUCCAAGAAGCUCGCCAAGUCUCGCAGGAACAUGAUGGUGCUGGUCAGCGUCUUCUGCGUCUGCUUCGUCCCGUACCACCUGGUCCGACUGCCCUACGCCCUCCUGAAGCCGUGCUCCUGGGGCCAGGCCUUCUUCUACCUGAAGGAGCUGACCAUCAUGGGGUCGGUGCUCAACGUCUGCCUCGACCCGCUCAUCUACUUCAUCUUCUGCAAGGCCUUCAGGUCGCAGCUGAGCCUGAGGAGGGUGUUCAGCGCCACGCAGCUCACCGGGCCGGCAGACAGAACCGAGAGGAGGAGCAGCGACGGGCGGAUGAGCACCAUCAGGAUCAACAGGAAGACGUCGCUCAGCAUGACCACGAAGCAGAUCAACGUUCUGUAGCUUCAAGUCCACAAACAGCCGCAGACUGCUGCUGCUCAGAGGCAACACUGUGUGAACACUGACACCUGCUGGGGACGAGCAGAACCGCCACAGAGACUCAGUUCUGUUCUGUCGCCUCCUCACAGACCUGAGGGCAGGUUUUAUGUUUACUUCCUGUUGGGUUGAAGGUUUGUGGUCACACACACACACACACACACGAAACAUCACGUUCUGACCCAUGAGGAGGUCUUCACAAGUUCUGACCCGAUCUACUAACUCCAUCAGCUCGACACAAAGUUAUUUUAAUCAGAACCAAACGGCGCCGAUGCGUUAAAAACAUCAAAACCUGGCAGGUGAUGGACGAGCCAACCGACCUGCACUCUGGCGCCCUCGUGUGGCAGCGGGCGACUCUGGGUCAGGUACUGGAGGUUCUGAAGGUCCAGAAACAUUAAAUCAGUGACACGUUAAAUUCAUUAAAACGCUGUUAAGUGAAACACAAGUUGUUGUUAUAUUUUCCUGAUGUAAAUAUCUGUUUUAUAUUCAUACAGUUUAUAUUCUCACUGCUUUUUCUCCUUCUUAUUAUUUAUUGUCACUGUUUUUAUUUGUUGCUGUAAUAAAAUGCAUUUCUCUGUU